CCUGUCACAUGGGUUGGAAAUAGGAUCCCUGCUUUCUACUAUCUGUUCCCGUCUGUGUGGUGUCAGUGUAGUAGUAGCUGUGAGACCUGCCUUGAAGUUCAGGGACUUUUUAACAGCGACUCGUGCGCGGACCCGGACAGUCAGCGAGUCCAGCAGCCCGCCGGUCUGCAUGCGCAUCUGUCCGCCAGGCUGCCCUUCGCUUCACCUGAGAGCCUCUGCACACACUCUUUAAUCGCACCAUGGAUUCCUGGACAGUCACCUCCGCACUUCUCCUCGCCGGGGUUAUGUCUUCUGCGGCUCUAAGUCAUUUCGACACCGAGUGUUACACUGCCAACGGAGAGGACUACAGAGGCUUCCAGAACCAGACCAGCCUGCAUGGUGGUAAACCCUGCCUCUACUGGAAUGAGACCUUCCAGCACCCAUACAACACCCUCAAAUACCCAAACGGAGAGGGGGGUUUGGGCAGACACAACUACUGCAGGAACCCUGAUGGGGACGUCCAGCCAUGGUGCUACAUCGCAGAUCACGAGGACGGGAUCUACUGGAGAUACUGCGACAUCCCCACGUGCCAGAUGCCUGGAAACUUGGGCUGCUUCAAAGACAGUGGUGACCCGCCCACUCUGUCCGGCACCAGCGAGACCUCCAACAAACUCACCAUCCAGAACUGCAUUAGCUUCUGUCGGAAGCAGAGAUAUAAGCUCGCCGGAAUGGAGUCGGGUUAUGCCUGUUUCUGUGGCAACGAAGUGGACUUGCGUGACCACGGCGAGUCGCCUAGCAUGGAGUGUAACCACGUUUGCUUCGGCGACCACACCCAGCCCUGCGGUGGAGACGGCUGGGUCAUCAUCUUUGACACACGAGUAGGGGCCUGCGGUGGGAACUAUUCCUCUCCAUCAGGAGUGAUCUACUCCCCUGACUUCCCUGACAAGUACGGGGCUGGCCGUGUUUGCUACUGGACUGUCCAGGUCCCUGGAUCCUCCGCCAUCCUCUUCAACUUCACCUUCUUUGACAUCUCUGACCAGACGGACAUGGUGGAGCUCCUGGACGGCUACACCAACCAGGUGGUGGCGCGGUUCGACUGGCGCAGCCCGCCACGCGAGCUGGUGAACGUCACGGGCGACUUCGUCAUAGUGUACUUCUACUCGGACCGCACCAACCAGGCCCAGGGAUUUGCUCUGCUUUACCAAGCACUGAGAAGCCAGGACACCAGAACAAUGGAGGCUGAAGGAGAUGGCGAGGAUGAAGGAGAGGACGUUUCCAGCACAGCGGGGCCCCAGCUAGCUGCUGGCGUCACAGAGAGAUCCAACAGCACCUCGAACGGACGUUCCUCCCAGAUCCUCUACGUGAUCACGUCCAGCCCCGGUAAACCGGAGCACAACAUGCCAGGUCAGUGGGCUGGACGCGGCGAGACCACCGGCCACAGCGCUAUGUGGACCAUUUACGCUCUGGCUGCUCUCCUCAUACUGACAGUCAUAGCCAUGGUGGCAAAGCUGCUGCUGCACAUCACAGUCAAGUCCCCUAACAUCCCAGCGGUCAGCGCCUCUGACAGCUGCAGCCAGAGCACGGCAUCCUCUGAGCCUUGGAUCAUCCUGUACCGACCCUCCACCAUCUCCCUCUUCAAGAAGAAGCUAAAGAACCACCACGGCGACCUCAGCCCCCUGGUGGGCAACUAGCGCCACUGCUGUGCUCCACUGUUAACCAAACGCUACCGCCACCCACAACUACUCUGUACAAGGGCCGUCAGAUGCCAGGACCUCAGACAAUGAAACUCUAUGAGGCGUUAUGCUAACAAGCCAACAACUGAGUGGCUAAUGACAACUGAGUGAGUGACUGCUACUAAAACAGCCCGUGGGCCGAAGUGGCUGGGCCCUCCCUUCCUGCUCAGCUCCGAGGAGGAGGGGGACAGGCAGGGCUGUCAGUGACCUCAGUGUGGGAGAGGAGAGCAAAGGAUUAGACGGAGGAAGAUCUGCAGCUCAGACAAAGAUUCAAGGGCGCUUUUAACAUGCAGGAAGCUUCUCUGGUUCAGCGAGGCUCCAUUUUUUCAUCACCCACGGAUGUCCCUAACAAUCAAUAUACCUCCAAAAAACCCUUCCAGACUGCAGCCUCACCUGUGAAAACACAACACAGCCGGGUGCAGAACAAUGGCUAGCUUCACUGUCUAGGUUCAGUUUUGGAAACAGGGAGGUUUACGUCCUCCUGGUGCUUCCAAAUGGCAACCAAAUCUUCAUCAGUAUCAAGGCAAGGAUGAAAAUACAACUCCUCUAACUGCCUCAUAUGGACGAUGCACACACGCAGCCAAAAGCCAGAUUCCUCCCAUCCAAAGAGUUGUGUAUUUAUUUGUCUUUUUGGUUCCAAAUGCAAAGUUUCUAUUUGAUGUGUCUUACGUGACAACUAGCUUUCUGAGGAGAGGGGAACAGGACACAGAGAAGUCACACCGAAGGUAGAUAUCACAGCACUUAGGGAAUGAAUCACCCGCCGUAAAAUGGUAAGGAUCACAGAGAAAACAGAGCACGCUCGCCCACUCGUUCACUCACGUGGAUUUGGGUGGAGAGAAGUGGCAGCAUCGUUCACCGGGGGGGAGGAGGUUGGGUGGUGCAGUUUGUAGACAAACUGCCAUUUAGGGAGGCUUGGGAAGAUCUGAGGGCUUCUUCUGCUCGGUUGUGGGUGGGAGUCUUUCCGGUUUGAUGGUGUUCAAGUGCCUUAAGGAUCUCCCUCUUCCCUUGACCCUCACAAGAGACUGCACUUCCUUAAAAUCAGUGAGGACGUGAAGAGUUUCAGUCCCGAAAAGGGUUUCCACCACUUAAAUGUAAAGUUAGAAAGUGAUGCCACAUCUUGUACAGUGACUGAAAGCAUUAAAUAUUAGUCUUUUUACACAUACACUCAACUGAACACCUCUCCAGAAUGGAUCUUGUACAUUUUUGUUACAUGAUGGUACUUUUUGUUUGUUUGUUUGUUUCCAAGAUGAACACGUAACUUUUUGGAUUAGAGCCCCUCAUGUAGUAACGGACAAGGCUUCAAGAGAAAUGUUUGUUUUCCCUUUCUGUGUGUGCUCUUAUGUGUCUGGUCUUGGACAUUUACUGAACAUAUUGUUCGCAUUAAGUUGUCUUUUGAUUACAGGGGUGGGAUGAAUAUUGUUGUAUAUUAUGUAAUUCAGUGUGGGAACGAUGAUGUUUGUGUCCGCUCUUUAAUUUUGUGACUCUGUAAAGCACUUGUGAGACUCAUCAAAGUGCUUUCUGUACUUUGUUCAUUUGUCAAUUUAGCUCAAAGGUGGAAUGCUUCUUUUUUUUUUUCUCGCUCUCUUCAGAUGGCAGUAAAUUGCUUGAAUUUCACAACAAUCCUCCAAGGCAGAAAUAUAACCAAAAGGGCCGCAGUGGUACCAUGCACAAGCUGACAGCUGUGAUGGUUUUCUGUGCAUUGCUGUGACAUUUAAACUACUUGUGAAAGGUCAAACUCUAUUAAUCCGCUAUUGGCAUAGUAACGGGCCUUUCCUGUCUCGGGACUAGAUUUCAUCUCUGCAGAUGGUCACCCUGAAAGUCUUUCAGUCACUGACAGGAUUAAUAAAGAAGAGGCACUUAGAUUUGUCUCUGCUUAGACGGAACAGUACUUAUUUGUUUUUGCGUUCAUUUUCAGCAAAAGAAAAAAAAAAGUAAGAUGUACUUUUGUGCAGCAUCCUGAGCACUUGAUUAUAUUUUACGCAUGAUGCAGCCUCGCGGUGACAUUCAAGUCAUGGAUUUGUAGUUUCUGGAGAAUCGGACAGAUUCUUAGGCUCAUGAAAAGGCGCUCUUUCCCGAUCGGACUUGUGUAGAAAUGUGACUCUGUGCUAUAUUCUUGCCUGUCUGCUGAACUGCAACUCAUCUUAAUUAUUGCAAGACAAGAGCACAUGCCCCUGGGUCUGUGAUGUUCAGAGGAGACCAUGCGUAGACAGAGGGAGGAAAGAGGAGCCUAGACGUGAGAGAGAGAUGGGAAAUUAAUGAUUGUUCAAAUCAAAUACAAGCUAACCAAAUCUGACAGUUAAAAUCUAACCAGGCCAUAUUUGUUUGGAUAGCCCGGUGAAUUAUGCAAACUUCCGUUUUCUGUCCCCAUCCUCCGCUCAAUCAGAAAAUUCCACGCUAUUCUCUGCACGACGGAAACUGUGGUGGAUGUGAAUGUCCUGUAGUGCUCGAUGGUGUGAAAACGACACCAGAGGCCCUGUGGGAAUCGAUCCGGAGGGGCCAAGGCAUCGUUUCCAUGAAAUUGUAAAUAGCAAAAUAGUGAAAUGUUUAAUUUAUACAGUAAAUUAUUGUUAUUUUGUAUGUGAAUGGGAUAUAAUCUAUCUUUUGUAUAAGUGAAGUACCUUUGUAGUUUUAUUUAAUGUGUCCAGGUUGCAAAAUAAACACUGUAUGCAUGUUUCUUA